GCAAAGACCGGUCUGCUUGUCAGAGUGGCUGACUGACUGGCUGACUGAAGCAGCUCACAAACACUCAGAGACGGCGAGCCAGAAGGAACUCCACUCCAAUGCUCUGAUCCAACACUCUCUGAGCCGUUGCCGUGGAGACGCUGAUGAACCAGAAUAAGGAGGCGAGGAGGGUUCCCCAGCCAGACAGUUCUGAUAAGACAAAGGAGAGGAAACACGCACAGCCCCCAGAUUCUAAAUCUGAGUCUGCCAUGGACCGCCAGCAGCAGCACGCCAAGGUGGAGCGUUUUCUCAAGCUAGGAUACUCUCAGAGUGACAUUUUACGGGUGCUGGAGAGCCUCCGCCAUGAUGCCCAGACCAAUGACAUCCUUGAGGAGCUGAUAAAGACCUGCCAGACUGCAUCAAACAGUCCCAAACUGGUGCCCAGAGGAUGCAGCCCCAGUCCCAACCAGCCCAGACCAGGAUCAGACAGAGAGCCAGCUGUUGGCUUCAGACCGGUGGUUAUAGAUGGAAGCAAUGUGGCCAUGAGUCAUGGCGACAAGAAGGUGUUUUCGUGCCAGGGCCUCCAGCUGGCAGUGAACUGGUUCUUGGAUAAAGGUCUGCGGGACAUCACGGUAUUCGUUCCCCUGUGGAGGAAGGAGCAGCCGCGGCCUGAGGCCCCCAUCACAGAUCAACAUAUUCUCCACGAACUGGAGAGGAGGAAGAUCCUGGUGUACACACCAUCCCGCUGUGUAAACGGUAAGAGGGUGGUGUGCUACGAUGACCGAUACAUCGUCAAGCUGGCCUGCGACUCAGACGGGAUUAUUGUAUCCAACGACAACUAUCGUGACCUGCAGACAGAGAGUCCCCAGUGGAAGAAGUUCAUAGAGGAGAGGCUGCUGAUGUACAGCUUCGUCAGUGACAAGUUCAUGCCUCCAGAUGAUCCUCUGGGUAGGAAUGGUCCCACCAUCGAUGAUUUUCUUCGGAAGAAACCGUGGACUGCAGAAAACAAGCAGCAGCACUGUCCUUAUGGAAAGAAGUGUACUUACGGAGUGAAGUGCAAGUUCUACCACCCAGAGCGGGCCAACCAAUCACAGCUAUCUGUGGCUGAUGAACUGAGGGCACUGAGAGACAGAGCCAAGAACGUAUCACCCAUAUCCAGCCUGCAGGAUACACACUGUGGGCCUGCCGUGUAUCAGCUGGACCACAGUUACACCUCAUCCACCCCUCCUCCCCUCAGCACCGAGGACCUAUCCCACAGAUCGUCACCCAGCGAGCAGUUCAUCUAUCACAGAGACAGCAGCAGCCCAAGAAUGCAGGUGAACACCAGCCUCAGUCACUGCCUGAGCGAUGUGGACGAGGCCUUCAGCUCCAUGGACAGUUCCAUGUCCAGGCUCUACAUCCAGGACCCUCCCUACAGCAUGGAGAGGCCUCCCUGCACUUACAGCAGCGGGGUGGCCAGCUACAUCCUGAGCCACAAUGACUACUCCCUCUCAGGGUCGUACGGUGGGAACAGCCACAUGUCCAGCCGGAGCAGAGGAACUUACUACCCUCCACAAAACGGCUCAGCGUCCUGCGAGCACCACAUGUGCAACCAGUGCAGGUGUAACCACCAGCAGACCAGGGUGUCCCCCCACAGUCCAGCAUGGGGUUCCUGUCCAGCUCUGGCUCCACAUAACAGGGACCAUCCUUCUCAUUUUUCAGAGAAGCAGCACCUCAGACUGCAGACCCCCAGACACAGCCACAGCUUGCCCAGGGACCCGUGGGUGCAGAACGGCCUGUCUAGCGAGCAGAGGAAGGGCCUGAGUUGCACGCUGAGCACACUAUUCCCUCAGAAGAUGGUGGAGCAAGUCAUGAAUGCUAACCCGCAUGUUUCAGACAUGUCCGAACUAAUUUCUCUCAUCCAGAGCUACAGGAGCAGCCACAUCUCCUUCUAGAAAGACUCAUUUUUAGUGGUCAGGAGUCAAACUGAAGCCAUACUGGAGUUCUCAUCCCGGAAGCAAAGUGAAAACCGUCCCUCGUGCUUAUUCCAAACAGAUUGUGUAUUUUAAGCAUUAAAAUGUUAAGUAAUGUGAUGAAGUCUUGAACAUGUAGCAGACUGAAUGCUCUUUCUUUAUCCUAGUGUAAAAGUGCAAUGCACUACGCUCCAUACAUGCUACUUAUUGAAGCAGUGACAAAUGUUUUUUUUAUCAAAGCAGCAUGUGUUGUUUUCUCAUGUUGCCUCAAAGUGAGGAAUGCUAUUCUGUACUUCUAUAAAGAAUGUCAACAGCCUGUUUUUCAUAUGAAUCUUAAAGGCUGAUAUUUUUACAAUGCAU